GAAACGCCACUUCAACAGCAGCUAGCAGGACAAAAGAUCAAGUUCAGUUUCAACCCUCCUGGUUCCCCACAUUUUGGGGGUACAUGGGAGCGAGAGAUCAAGUCAAUCAAGAUGGCUCUCCGAGUCAUCCUCCAGGAAAACGUUGUGCCUGAACCUGUGCUGCAGACCGUACUGGUUGAAGUGGAAGGAAUGCUCAACGCUAAGCCCCUUGGAUACAUCUCUUCCGACGCUGCUGAUCCAGAUCCUGUCACCCCAAACCUGCUGUUGAUGGGACGUCGUGACGCUUCACUCCCACAAGCUGUCUAUGCCUCAAGUGAUCUUCUUACCAAAAGACGGUGGCGUCACAGCCAGAUAUUGGCCGACCAUUUCUGGUCCAACUUCAUUCGUCGCCACCUACCUGAUCUUCAAAGACGUUCCAAGUGGCACAGUGACACUGACAAUCUGACGACUGGUCAGGUUGUGAUGGUGGUUGAUUCUCAGCUACCUAGAGCUCUUUGGCCGGUUGGAAGAGUUGUGAAGACCUGCGCUGACUCAGACGGAAGAGUCAGGGCAGCUGAAGUCAAGAUAAAGGGACACACCUACCUCAGACCGGUUGUACGUCUAGUACAACUGCCAGCCUGGGAGGAUGAAGACGACAGCGUUUAAGCCAGACUUUCCUUUAAGAUUCAAAUUUGCUAAAUUUGGGGGCGGCUAUGUAGGAAAGUCUCUGAUAUUUAUUAGGUAUUUUAUUUUGAAAGACACUUAUUGACGUAAUUUCCUUUUGAGUAAGUUUCUGUUUUGAGACUGCACCCCCACUUAUGAUGCUGCUGCCGUGUGCGUUAAUAAGCCAAAACCACACGCCACAAACGCACAUGUAUCCAUUCAACUCUUGGAAUUAAAAAGUUCGCUGGAAACUGGACUCUCUGUGCCCUACUCUCUGACCGGAGCUCAGUCGAAGGGGGCUAUAAGACCGGCAUUCCCCUUUAGAGUGUUCCCACUCU